AUGAAGGCGGCGCGCUUCGCGAUGCGCAGCGCCGGCACCCUGAUCCCCCGCGAGGUCGAGCACUUCUCGCGCUACAGCCCGUCCCCGCUGUCCAUGAAGCAGCUCUUGGACUUCGGUUCAGAAAACGCAUGUGAAAGAACCUCUUUUGCAUUUUUGCGACAAGAGUUGCCUGUAAGGCUAGCCAAUAUCCUGAAGGAAAUUUAUAUACUCCCUGACCGACUAGUAAAUACCUCUUCAGUGCAGUUAGUUAAGAGCUGGUAUAUGCAGAGCCUGAUGGAGUUGGUGGAAUUCCAUGAGAAAAGCCCAGAGGACCAGAAGGCGUUAUCAGAUUUUGUAGAUACUCUCAUCAAAGUUCGAAAUAGACACCAUGACGUAAUUCCUACAAUGGCACAAGGAAUCCUAGAAUAUAAAGAUGCCUGUACAGCCGACCCAGUCACCAAUCAAAACCUUCAGUAUUUCUUGGAUCGAUUUUACAUGAAUCGUAUUUCUACCCGGAUGCUAAUGAACCAGCACAUCCUUAUAUUUAGUGACUUACAGACAGGAAACCCAAGCCUCAUUGGAAGCAUUGAUCCAAACUGUGAUGUGGCAGCAGUGGCCCAAGAUGCCUUCGAGUGUUCCAAGAUGCUUUGUGAUCAGUAUUAUUUAACAUCUCCAGAAUUAAAGCUAACACAAGUGAAUGUUAAAUUUCCAGGCCAACCAAUUCAUAUUGUGUAUGUUCCAUCUCACCUUCAUCAUAUGCUCUUUGAAUUAUUCAAGAAUGCAAUGAGGGCCACCGUUGAAUACCAGGAAAACUGUCCUUCCUUGACACCAAUUGAGGUGAUUGUUGUCUUGGGGAAAGAAGAUCUUACAAUUAAGAUUUCAGACAGAGGAGGUGGCGUUCCCCUGAGAGUCAUUGACCGUCUCUUUAGUUACACGUACUCCACUGCACCAACGCCUGUGAUGGAUAGUUCCCGGAAUGCUCCGCUGGCUGGAUUUGGUUAUGGCUUGCCGAUUUCUCGUCUCUAUGCCAAGUACUUUCAAGGAGAUCUAAAUCUCUACUCUUUGCCAGGAUAUGGAACUGAUGCUAUCAUCUACUUAAAGGCUCUGUCUUCUGAGUCCAUAGAAAAACUCCCAGUCUUUAACAAAUCGGCCUUCAAACAUUAUCAGACGAGCAGUGAGGCUGGAGACUGGUGUGUCCCAAGCAAGGAACCAAAGAACCUGGCAAAGGAAAGAGUGGCCGCGUGA